UAUCGUUAUUCAAAUUUUUCUUUUUGAUUCCAUGGCUAGCUCUUUGAUUACCAGCACCUUAUCACGCUCUCUCUUCCGCUUCACCACCAAACCCUCUCCAUUACUAUCUUCUUCUUCUUCUUAUUCAAUCCCAUUCUUUCCCUCAAACACCAAAACCAAGGAGCUGAAUCGCUGCCGGUUGUUAUCAAUGGCCUUUGCACACAAAGAAUCGCUGGAAAACAAUCCAGGCCUUCAGGCAACACCUGAUGAAGCCACUAAGGGUUAUUUCUUGCAACAAACUAUGUUUCGAAUUAAGGAUCCUAAAGUCAGUCUAGAUUUUUAUUCUCGUGUGUUGGGGAUGUCGUUACUUAAGAGGCUGGAUUUUCCAGAAAUGAAGUUUAGUUUGUACUUUUUGGGCUAUGAGGACACAGCAUCAGCUCCACCUAACAUUGUUCAUAGAACAGUUUGGACUUUUGGUCAGAAAGCUACUUUGGAGUUAACACAUAACUGGGGUACUGAAAGCGAUCCAGAAUUUAAAGGAUAUCACAAUGGGAAUUCAGAACCUCGUGGUUUUGGACAUAUUGGUGUCACAGUUGAUGACACAUACAAGGCAUGUGAGAGAUUUGAAUGUCUUGGUGUGGAAUUUGCUAAAAAACCAGAUGAUGGAAAAAUGAAAGGGAUAGCAUUUAUCAAGGAUCCUGAUGGUUAUUGGAUUGAGAUCUUUGACCUUAAACUUAUUGGACAAGUUACUUCUGAUGCUGCUUGAGAUUAUACCAUCCUUUCUUGUGGAAAAAUGUGAUGGCCUUCAUAGACAAAAUCAAGCUUCAUCUGUUAUCCUGAUACUGCUCUGGUCAUUAAGAUUUCAUUGUUUGCUUCUUCUUCUUCUUCUUUUUUUUUUUUUUGGUUUGAAUGCAUGUUUCUUAACUUGCUUUUGCAGACAAUAUAUAUUAUGAGAACUGUUCUGUUGUGCCUGAUAUUCGGUAGGAACUGGAACCAACACAGAAUGUCAUUGAAUCUUUAUGUGAAUGGAUUGAGGUUUCCGUGCGCAGUUAUUAUA